GGUAAUUUCUAUGUUAUGAGGUUUACGUGGUUUUUAAUAUCAUCAGGUUAACCAAUGAUUUAGGAACUUCCCUCACAUGGGUAACGAGAGAAUAUUGAGAAGAGAUGUUGUGUAUAUCAGACACUUAGGGUUAUGGUUUGAAACUGUGACUGUGAUUGGCUAAUUGUAAUUUGAUCAUCCAAUGAUAUAUCUGGUACGGAAACGCCACAAGGGAAAACAAAUUUUGUGUUAUGGCGGAAGAAAGAAUGGUGAUCGGUUCUGGAAAUGGCGAGGCGAAUGGUUCCAAUGAAGGAAUAUCUGAGAAAACUGACAGAUGCUUGUCGGAGUUGGGCAGAUGGUAUGUGUUAUGGAGAUGUGUUUGUUAGGAUUGGUUCUUCCUGUGUUUAUGUUACCAAAUGACUCAUACUUAUUUAUGAAGUGGCGUUUCCGCAUGCAAACACAUGCAGCGGAUUUGCAUGGCUAAUAGACAGGACCAGACUCGAGCCAGUUGCGAGUUAAUUGUGAAGCAGUAUUGCGCCACUGAUGGCCUCCUACCCGCGUCCUAGCUCCCUGACGUCCCUAAUGGACAUGCGUUUUGGUCGACGCAUGUCCGCCCCUGGUCCUGCGACAGUUCGACGCACGUCUCCGGUUUCGUCCGUCCCCUGCUCGUCCCGCAGAUUGAGCCUGGCCGAAAUUCCGGCCUCUAGGCCCAGUAGGAAGCUGACAUUAGUGGAGUGCUCUACCACCACCAACGGCCAUUCGGAUUCCAGCGUAGAGAUAGACACGUCCAGUCUGUCAUAUGACCAGCCGCGAGCCAGCGCCUCCUGUGCAGGUUCCUACCAGCCGAUUCCUAGGGACGCAGCCUCAAGACACAGCCCAGGGUUUCUUAACCACAUCACCAUCAACAGGCCUGUAUGGCGGGCGCUGGUGCUCGGACAACUCAUGUCACUCAUACUGUGUGUGAUGGCAGCAUGCAACCACUACCUGUCAACACUGUACCAGGUUGGCUUGCCAACAGGGCAAAGCACCCUGCACUAUGUGCUGCAAUGCCUGCUGUUUACAACGUGGCUGUCGUGUCGUUCGGGGGAUCGAGGUAUCAUUUGUGUGUUGAGGUACAGAGGUUGGCGCUACCUGCUGUUGGCCCUGGUUGAUGUGGAGACCAACUAUCUGUACAUCACUGCUCACCAGUUCACCACACUCACCAGUAUUCAGUUGUUGGAUUGUGUGUCCAUCACUGCCGCUCUCGCUCUCAGUUGCCUUCUACUCAGGGUGCGCUACAAGAUUGUGCACAUUGUAGGGGUCAGCAUUUGUCUGAUGGGUGUGGGCUGCCUGGUUUGGGCUGACAUUGAUGAUGGACGUACACUGACAGGUGGAAAGAACCAGCUUCUGGGGGACAUGCUGUGUCUGGGAGGUGCAGUGCUAUUUGCAGUGGUGUCAGUUGCACAGGAAUUGGUGGUGAAGACACUGGACUGGGUGGAGUACCUGGGCAUAAUGGGACUCCUUGGCAGUAUCCUCAGCAUCAUACAGACGGCCGUGCUAGAGAGAGACACUGUCUUUUUAAUGCCAUGGGGUAACUGGCAAGUGGUAGCACUUCUACUGGGGUUUGGACUUGCCCAGUUUCUGUUCUGCAUAUUGGCACCGGCCAUGCUGCGUGACAGUGGUGCCACUGCACUGCAACUAUCGCUACUUACUGCAGACUUUUACUGGCUCAUGUUUGGCAUUUUCCUGCUGCAAUACAAGUUCCACACGCUGUACAUCCUCUCAUUUGCACUGACGGCAGCAGGAAUCAUGAUCUAUGCAUUGAAGCGAACGCCCAUCUUGUCCCAAUCCCAGCAGCCUGCAACGUACAGAGGCAUGUCAAGAGACCACACCAUUGCACCUGACAUGGAGCUAGCAACUCCAGUGAGUGACCUUGUCUCAUCAUCUAUGUGUCCAUCACAGCAGCUAGGUGGCAGCACUGAUAUAUCGCUCUCUGCUGGGUCCCCAAACAGUCAGAUGUUAAAGAUGAAUGGUGACAUCCUGUUCUACUGAGUGUCUUCACAUGAUUAACUGAUAACACAGUCUGCUCAAUUAUCUUCCGUACCCUCGUUCUGACGUUUCAAGAUGUCAUUUAGGAAUUGUAGUGACAUUCUAGUGUGUGUAUGUGUAUGGAGUGGCAGUACUUGUGUGUGUCAACUGGGAAGUGUGGUACCCCAGUCUGUCACACAUUAUUCUUUCCUAUAGAAUUUGAGAGCCUUUUCAUUGUGUCAGUACUCCAGUUUGGAGUAUAUGGUUCUGUGUCUCACUGGCUUUGACACACUUAAUGAUUAGCACAGAGGAAGAGUGAAGUUAUUCCUGUAAUUAAUUAAACACCACACAAUGAAGAUGUAUGGGAAAGUGGAAGUUUGCUCCACACAUUCUUAACCUCAGGAUUAAGCACCAUUAUGUUAUUUAAAAGUUACUAGAUACUAUUUUCAGCAUACAGUGGAAACCACAAUCGCUGCCCCAGAGAUCUCAUUGAAAACACAGGAUUUUUCUUCUGUAAGGUUGCCUACUGAAGGCAUGACUUGUCAGAAAUGUUUUAGUUAAACUACAGAUGUAAGCUUCACAGCCUGGUUACUUUACCCCACAGUACCUAUUGCAUAGGACGCUGGGUGGGCCCCAGGAGUGGGUGCUGUAGAGAAGAAAGAAAUCUUGCCUCUGUUGGGAAUCAAAUUAUGAGUCCCCAGAGAUUGAGCAAACAGCCUAUUUAAGUACAAAGAAGCAUGAACUAUUUUAUCUUUUAUUUUGUUAACUAUUGUCCAUACUGUGACAUGUUUAAAAUAAUAGAUGUAAGUCUUAAUGAUAUUAUGUGUUACGUCAUAAUGUUUUGUAUGGCGAAUGUUUUCUGAAAACUGAUGGAACUUCAUUUGAGGUUCAUGUUACAUUUCUGACAGUUGGUGACAGACACACAUUGUCUCCGAACUUAUUUUUGAAAAAACUCAAGGUGAUAGACACUAUCCAAAAUAACAGCCAUUUGUAUUGUAAUCAACUCAAUAUGUAUUUAUUGCGCCAUGAGUUCUCUAUUUGUCACAGUGUUUACAGGAACAGAAUUGUUUUGUGAUUUCCUAAAAUACAUGUUUUGGUACCUAGACUACAGAGACUGCCAGUUCAUAUAAAUGUAUAAAUAUAUGUUUUUAUAUAUUAUAUAAAUCUUCAGCUGGUAGAAAAAUGUUUCAGAUAAAGUUAUGAGUCAUUAAUGAAGUGAACAGAUUAGGGUCAUUCUUAUUCGGUUUUCACUUCUGGAGUUCCAUGUGUGAUGUCAGCUUUCUGCAAUAUUCUGUGUAACAUGUUAGAGAUAUUACAUUUCAGCAAACAUUGCAGUUGCCAUCUUUAGGGGCAGUCUUUUUAUUAAUCCCAUCACUGAAAUGUUUUUCAUGAUCUUUUGGGGACCAUCUGGUUGCCGUAACAUCGUUGAUCACCUCAUUUCAUUAACUACAGGACUGAUCCCCAUUGGGUGGUGCCAUGUUCUUCUGUUUUAUCCGAUCACAGCUUCACAUCCCACUCACCACCCACUUGUAUAAGGGCUUCCAAACCUUCCCAGAGGUGGCAACUGCCCUCCUUGCUGAAACAAUGGAAAGACUUCAACAUUUAUGCAGCGUAUUCCAGAAAGCCAAAAUCAUAAAUUUAAGGUUGUGUAGUUUCUUGUUUUCCAAAUAAUGACCAUCAAAUAGCAAAGUCGGUUCUAUGGAUGCGUGUUUAUGAACUGUGCCUGUUUGUGAUGUGUUCAGACAUGAUAUCAGAAUUAUAUGUUGAAAAGAUAGUCUGCUCCCAUUAUGUGUCAUGAUAAUGCUGUUUGUUGAGCUUCACAUGACUUAUUGCUGCAGUUAAUACCACAGUAUCUUGAGCAAUUGAUAGUUGCUCAGCUGUCCAAGAAACUCCCUGGUAUGGAA